UGACGUCACGUCCGGCGGCGGGAACGACUCGCGCUCUGCGCGUGCGCAAUAACGCCCCGCCGCGUGCCGAAGCCUCACGCGCGUCGUUGCGACGGUAACGCCCGUUGUGUUCUGCGCCUCCCAGCGUGGCUGCGGGCGGCACGGCGCACGGCGCCUCGUGUAGCGGCGUCCCGAUCGGCACUUUCCGUCCGACGGAGCGGCUUCACGACCGCUUUCUGCGCAGCUCUUCCCUCGCUGCCCGCCCUCACCGGGAUUUUGCGGCUCUGGGCUGACAGCGCGGCACGCCGGGCUCAGGGGGCGGCCCCCCCCGCGGCACCCGCCGGCAGGACAGGCUCCGCAGCGACCGCUGAGUGCUGGUCCACUAAGGAGCUCCUUCCUGCAGGGAUCAAGGCUAGAGCAACACUUUGGCAAGAUGUCCUCAGGGCAGUUCUACAGCAGGGGGCGCUGGGAGCCCUAUCCACGUCAGGCUCGGCCACUGUCUCCACGUGCUCAUGGCCGCCGGGAUGCCUGGCGCGAUCCUCCAUGGGAGCACCAGCAUCGGAGAGACAGGGAAAGAAUGCAUCUGCCCAGUCCUAGGCAGCCCAGGCCUUACGGUGGCCCUGCUGACAUCCACCGGAAUAAGGAGAAUGGUAGAUGGGCACCCCAAGACUGUGAUGUGCCACCACCUCGCUUGUACAGAGAGGACCACCGAAGCCGUGAGUCUCGUGAGGAUUCACUGAGGACCUCCUCUGCUCAGGGAUCAAGGCUGGAGCAACACUUUGGCAAGAUGUCCUCAGGGCAGUUCUACAGCAGGGGGCCCCGGGCCUUUCUCUGGGAGCCCUAUCCACGUCAGGCUCGGCCGCUGCCUCCACGUGCUCAUGGCCACCGGGAUGCCUGGCGCGAUUCUCCGUGGGAGCACCAGCAUCAGAGAGCCAGGGGAAGAAUGCAUCUGCCCAGUCCUAGGCAGCCCAGGCCUUUCGGUGGCCCUGCUGACAUCCACCAGAAUGAGGAGAAUGGGAGAUGGGCCCCCCAGAACCGUGAUGUGCCACCACCUCUGUGGAUGUACAGAGAGGACCACCGAAGCCGUGAGAUACCACAGCUGCGUCACCGGGACUUCUUUGUCCAGCCUGAGUUCCCCAGCCGGGAGCAGCGUCCUGCUGGAUUCCUACGGGAGCAAAAAGUCUUCCAGGACAACUACUCACCCCAGCGCCAUUGUGGCCCACGGCAGAGACGCCACCGACUCCUUCGGCCCAUCAAGCAGGAGCCAUCAUACCACAGCCGUUCUCCCCAGAGCUCCCAAGGGUACCAUCCGUCCUCCAUAUCCUCUCAGUCCUGCUCCCCAGAGAGCCAGACAGGGGUCAAAAAGCACCUCGAUGCUCUUCAGUCACCUACUGCCCGCAAAAACUGUCCGCAAAGUGAGGGGCAGGUGGAUGAGGGCCUGCUGGUGGCAAGCAGCGAGGCGCUGGAACGGCCCAGACCUGCAGAGAAGAGCCCAGAGAAGAGCCUGGGCACUGACCCCCAGGCAGCAGAGCAGGAGCCAGCGGGAGGAUCAGAGACAGUUAAACCAGAAGGUGAAGAGGAAGCUGCAGGCAACCAGCAGCCCUUUGCACUGGAAUUGGAGCCAAUCUCACCGGAGGUAACCAGCUCUGAGGAGGACGAAGGCUCGGAGCUGAUCCCGCUGGAAGCUACUGGAGAGUCCAGCACACAGACCAGCAAGGCCAGCUCCAAUGACUGCGCUGAGGCAGCAGCACCACCCAGGACGGGGCAACAUCCUUGGGGUUGGACAGAGCUGGCUGCAGGCUUCCGGAGCUUACUCUGCCCCCCGCGCUCCACGCAUUCCCCCACCAGCACAGACCCACGCUCUGCUGCCAUCCUCUCCAAGAAGGAGAGCAUCGAGCAGGGGUACCACGAGUUCUGCCUGAACUUUGCCAUGGUGUCCAUGAUGCUGCUGCAGAAGGAGCCUUCCAUGGAAGGGGUGCUGAUGAAGGCGCUGAGAGCCAACCUGCGUGAGCUCCGCCACCGCCUCCUCAAGGAGAUGGAGGAUUUCAUCCAGCAGUACGAUGUGACACACCCCAGCUGCUGAGCGGGGAGCUGGGGGGCUGUGCUGGCAGAGCCCACUCUGGGGCUGUAGGGAUGUGCUGAUGCAGUCCCUCUUGAAUAUGGGGGGUUAAAGGGCCUUCAUAGUGGGGGGGUGGUUGGGUCUGAUGUUUGUAGGCAGUAAGUGGGGACUGUGGGCAAGGGAUGAGCCAUACAUAGGCCUGUAUUUACAG